UCACUCUCUCUCUCUCUCUCUCUCACUCUGCGUUGCUCUCUGCCUGCAAUUUCUAUUUUGAUCUCGCACGCUCUCUCCUUCUCUCUUGCUUUGCUUUCAAGUAGAUACUUAUCUUGGCAUGGAAUUCCUAGAGUCACUGAAUAAGGAGCAAAUCCUGCAGAUGCUCUCUGAUACCUUCUGCAACCAUUGUGAGGCUCGACUUCAUCAAAAAAUUUCAAAUCUCUGUAAAAGAAACCACUAUGAAACCUCACAUGCUGCUGAUGAUGAUGACUACUAUGGAUCUUCUAGACAUACAUCCUACAAGUCCAGGAAUGGAAGGUACUAUGAAACCCCUUAUGCUGAGGAUGAUGAUGAUUAUUAUGUUUCCUCUACAGAUGCAUCCUACAAGUCUAGGAAUGCUUUUCUUUUAAAUGCAGGAAAGUAUUAUGAAACCCCUUUAGCUGAGGAUGAAGAUGGUUAUUACGUUUCCUCUACAGAUGCAUCCCACAAGUCCAGGAAUGGGAAGCACUAUGAAACAUCUUAUGCUGAUAAUGAUGACUAUGCCUAUUCUAGAGAUGCAUACUUCCACUCCAGAAAUGGUGAUGCUUUGGUGGUUCACCAUCGAAAUCAUAGAGAAGAAGAGGAUAGUACAAGAAGCUAUAUCCAAAGGCAUGAAACUCCCUGGUUGAGGAAGCAUGAUAAUAGACUUGCUUUUGAUUCCACACCUAAAUAUUUGAAUCGCAAACGGCAAUCUAUAGUGCCAUCUGAUUUUGAGUUGCUACUAAGUGAUGGAAUCGGUGGAGCCUCAUUGUUUGAAUGCGGAUUGUCUGAGGAGCAAAAGGAGCAUAUCAGGUUUUCACUGGUUGGCAGAAAAAAGAACUUUGUUUACAUUGAAAGAAUUGGUCGGAGGGACAUAAAUGUUCUCCAUGGACUUGAACUUCAUAAUCAAGUAUUCAAUCCUGAGGAGCAAAGGAAUAUUAUCAAGUAUGUCGAUAAAUUGCAAGAGAUGGGUCAAAAAGGGCAAUUUAAAGAAUGUACAUAUUCAGAACCUAGAAAGUGGAUGCGUGGCAAAGGGCGUGUAACAAUACAAUUUGGUUGUUGUUACAAUUAUGCAAUAGACAGACAUGGCAAUCCUCCUGGCAUUCUAAGACAAAAAGAGGCUGAUCCAUUACCAAAUUUGUUCAAGAAAAUGAUCAAGAGGAUGGUUAGGUGGCACAUACUGCCUCCAACAUGCAUCCCUAAUAGUUGCGUUGUCAACAUAUAUGAUGAAGGCGAUUGCAUUCCUCCUCAUAUUGAUCAUCAUGAUUUUGUGCGACCUUUUUCAACAGUUUCAUUCUUAUCUGAGUGUGACAUAUUAUUUGGUUCAAAUCUAAAAGUUGUUAGUCCUGGGGAGUUCCAAGGGCCUGUUCGUAUCGCUUUGCCCGUUGGAUCAGUGUUUAUUUUCAAUGGUAAUGGAGCUGACGUUGCUAAACAUUGUAUCCCAUCUGUCCCAACCAAAAGGAUUUCAAUCACAUUUAGAAGGAUGGAUGAUAGUAAACUACCAUCUAACUUCUCACCUGAUCCUGAGUUGGAGAGCAUCAAGCCUCUUGACCUUUCUUCUUCAAAUAAAACAGAGAUUGAGUAUUCAGAGAAUAAGAAACACAAGACAAAUAGUGUUUGAAUCUAAUGCAGCAAGGCAAAGGUUACAGUUGAACAGAUUGAGUUUACAAAUUUAUUGUUAAUUAUGUAGUUAUAUAAUUUUGAGUGUUUUGUAUAGUCGAUGAGUUUGCUCAGAUUUUGAGAGGUUGAUAUGCAAUAUUUAUUGCAAACGACAGUGUUUAUAUCAAUAAUGUGACCUCCAUCUUUGAAUUUUUUAUAAGGAGGAAAACUCUUGAUUCUGUCUGUUUCA